CCAACUCUUGGGUGUCUCCGUCUCCUGGCGUGGCUCUCCUCCUUUCUCGACCAUCCUGUCUGAUAUCAACCUCCCGGCGAGUACCUUAGCCAUAGUUGCCAUACCCACGCUUUAAAGCAACGAUGCGGUUAUCCGAAGCUGCCGUAGCCGCAGCGGCGCUCAUUUCAGCUGGUGCCAAUGCUCAGACCGUCCCCAAGCUGCCCCUGCCGAGAACCUGUAGCGGCGUCAGCAACUUUCGAUACCAGUACACACUGGCAUCAGGAUGGUCGGCCAUGAAGAUUGCCGGCGGACUGAAGCAGGUCCGGACUAUUGUCUGGGACACGGCAGGCAACAUGCUGGUGGCGCAGGCGACCCGGGGCAUCUCGGUACACACGUUUGGCGUUGACGGCUGCAUCAACAGCACCGCCAUGCUCAUCUCGGGCAACCAGCUCAACCACGGGCUGGCCCUGACGCCCGACGGCACGACGCUGUAUGCCAGCGGCGAGACGGCAGUGUACAGCUGGACCUACAACCCGGCCACGAGGACCAUCAGCAACCAGAAGACGAUCGUCCGGGGCAUUUCCACGGGCAUCCACUUCACCCGCACCGUAGCCGUGGUACCCCAGCAGCCGAAUCUGAUCCUGGUCCAGGUCGGCAGCAACUCCAACUUUGACAUGGCGUCUGCUCAGCCGAGCACGGGCCGGGCCAUCAUCAAGAUCUUCGACACCAGCAAGGCCCCCUCCAACGGCUUCAACUACAACACUGAGGGCGAAGUGUACGGAUAUGGUCUCCGCAACACAAUUGGCUUUGUUGCCGACCCUAGCGGUGUGUUCUGGGGUGUUGAGAACUCGGGAGAUGACUUCGCCCGUACUGAGAACGGCCAACGCCGCGACAUCCAUCAGAACAACCCGGCCGAGGAACUAAACAACCUCGGCGACCCCUUAACUACAAGAAACGCGUGGUAUGGCUAUCCGACCUGCUUCACCAUCUGGGACCCCUCGAGCUUCUCGGGCCUCAAGACAGGCAGCAACUUUGUAGUGUCCCCCAACAGCUCGUACAAUGACGCGACAUGCAACAGCAACAAGGCCAUCCCCCCUCGCCUGUCGUUCCAAGCCCACUCGGCCCCGAUCUGGAACACGUUCGACGCCGAGGCCAAGAACAUGUACGUCGCCUUCCACGGCUCGUGGAACCGGCAGCCGCCGACGGGGUUCAAAGUGGUGCAGAUCCCCUUCCAGAAGCUAGCCGACGGCCGCUACGACCCCGUUGCUCCCGCCGACAGCCAGACGGGCUACCGCGACAUCUUCAGCGCCCCGAAUCCGGCCAGCUGCACGGCCAACGGCCUGACGCAGAGCAACUGCUUCCGUCUGACCGCCGUCGCGUGGGAUCCUGCGGGCAGGGGGCUGUUUGUGGGCAGCGAUAAUAGCGCUGAGGGCGAGAUCUAUGUGCUCUCUCCGCCGGCAUAGAAUAAAGGAAAAAGAGAGGUCAGUCUUGAAAAAGGAAAAGAAGCGGUUCGUCAAGCGACAUGUAGAAUACCAGAGCGGGCUUGAGAUUCGAGGC